GGUACUGGAGUUAGCCCAAAUGUCGUCAGCUGCCCCGUCAAGCAGUGGAAAGGGGGUUGGGAAAUCAACAAACUUUACUCCGGAACUGCAAAGCAUGAUGUUUUCCUUAGGGGAUGCUCGCCGGCCUCUGCAUGAAUCUGCGGUAUUGGUCGAAGACAUUGUCCACACCCAGCUGAUUACUUUGCUGCAGCAGGCCUCUGAGAUUUCUCAGCUGAGAGGAGCAAGAGUCAUUUCUGCAGAGGAUCUCCUUUUUUUGAUGCGCAAAGAUAAGAAAAAGCUCAAAAGGCUACUUAAAUAUAUGUUUUUCCGAGACUACAAAUCUAAAAUUGUCAAAGGCAUUGAAGAGGAAGAUCUUCUGGAAGACAAACUUGGCAGUGGCAGCAUCAACAAACGCCAGAAAAUUGCUCAAGACUUUCUUAUCUCUAUCGAUCAGACAGGAGAACUCUUGUCCUUGUUUGAAGAUGAUGAGGUUGAUGAUGUAAAGCAAGAGAGAAUGGAGGGUCGCCAUAGGUCAGCUUUGACGGACGACAACAACAGCAACGAUAAUAUGAAUAAUCCUCCUUCUGAUUUACACGCACAGGCCCGGCGGAACAACAAUGUUUUGCAGGCCGUGCGGAACUGCUCAAGUUCCCGCAGGGCUCGGAUGGUCGGAGGCAGAGUGCUCCACAAGGCUGGGGCCAAAGCACUGAAGGCCCUGGCCCGGCUGCAGAUUCCCAUGUUGCAUCUCUUGCUGUAUUUGAGAGCUUCCCAGCCCAUGUGCACAGCUUUCCAGGAAAUGCAGCAGGAAGGAUCGAGCCUCUACUCUCUCAUCCCAGCACUGAGGAGGGUGUCAGGAGAAGAGCAAGCUGGUCGCAGAGAAGAGCAACCAAAACCACCCCUGCCACAGCAGUCACGUGGGGAAAAAGGACACUGGAUACAGGGGAUGGUUGACAUUUUACUCCCCUUGUCCCCACUGGAAGGAGCGCUAUGGUGUGACUUGCCGGAGUUCAGAGGGAGCAUCACCCAGCGGGCUGUGCAGGUCCUGCUUCCUGGAUUCAAGAAAGCUUCCAAGUUCCGAGACUGGUUGGACUGCAGCAGCCUGGAAAUGAAACCAAAUGCCAUCGCCAUGGAGAUCUUGGCUUAUUUAGCCUACGAGACUGUUGCACAGCUGGUGGAUUUGGCCCUUUUGGUCAAGCAGGACAUGGCUCCCAAAGCGGGCGAUCCUUUCAGUCACGCAAUAUCUGCUACUUUCAUUCAAUAUCACAAUCCUGAGGUGCAUGCUUUAGGGCAGACUGGAAGUAUGAGGAGCAGCCCAGAGUCUCCUGAGAACACGCCCCCAGCGACACCCACUCCCCCCGCCUCUGGCCCCCAGCACCUUGGAAAGGCUCAGUCUGGAACAAUUGGGAAUGGCAGCAUCACGCAAGACUCUUCCAAAGCCAAACAGCGGAAAAGGAAAAAGAGUUCUGCCGCUUGUGGUGCCGAGACUCAGAGCGAUGCCAUCCUGCCAGCCCACAUCAGAGAGGCCAUUCGGCGCUACGGCCACAAGAUUGGCCCCCUCUCCCCGUUCACGAGAUUUGUUUCUGAAGAGAUGUGUUGA